AUCACAGAGCAAAAAGAAAGCGAAGCGGACUCGCGGUGAAAAACAUUUUCAAGAGCAUUCUGGUUAGACUCCGGAGUUGAAACGGUAAAAUUGCGCGAAAACUUACGAUUGCGGUGCUUUAAAGAUCCGGCGGCCGGUUAUCGAUACUUACGGUGGUGAUAAAUAGUGCAAAAAGUGACGGAUUGUGGGUGUUUUGUUUUGGGGAUAAGAAAAGAAUGCAUCAAGUGUAUAAAGUCUAUCAUCACCAGUGUUGAAAGAAGUUUCGGGUUUUAAUUUACCUUUUCUUACGGAUACCGGUUUCCCGUUGGCGACUCCCAUGGAUGCCAGAACCAAAACCUGCUUAUUUUGCCUGAAACCUCGGCAAAUUCUGGUGGACAAUCCAAAUACCGCCAAAGCCAUCGAAGAAAUUUACAACAUUAAGCUUCCCCAGGAUGGAUGUCGUAUUUGCAUCGAGUGUCAUUUCAACAUUGCACGGGUUCAGGAUUUCAAACGGACCAUUGAAAAUGCCGCCGAUUUCGACGUCGACAGCUGCUUCGUGUGUAAAUCCGAAACCACCGUCAAUGAACCGGGUGUGGACAGAGUAGUGGACUAUCUCAUAAAGCAGUGCACGACGAUCGACUUUGGGAACACCGAUACGAUCAAAGCAUGUGUCACGUGUAUGCAUGUGCUAGAAACCAGCAUCAAGUACGAAAAGAUGGCCAGGAAUUAUGCCAAUGCGCAACGCUUCUGCAAACAGUAUUCUACAUUAAAGGAAUGUAAUAUUGCACUGUGGAAGAUCGAUUUGGAUACCCUGGGGGAAAUUUGCGACGACGGUGGUGGCGGACGUCGCAUUGGUCCGAAGGGUUGUAAGAACAAAAAGAAACGUGCCCGCAGUUCCUUAGGUGGAGACGAUACUCCGGCGAAAAAAUCCAAGCUAGAGGACGGGUCUGUGCUUCCGGUUAUGCUGACCAAGUUGACCCCAACCGGAGCGAAGAAAAUAUCGCCACCCAGUUCGAAAGGCAAAAUUUCCAAGCAAAAUGAUAAAAUCUUCAUCAAACUACCGCUGUUCACUAGGCCGAAGAAGAAAUUGAAAAGCAAAAAAUACGGUGCGCCACAUUCGCCAUCUCGAUCGAUUCCCGCCACUCCGUCCGUGGAUGACCUGAACCGAAUUUUCAACGUGGAACUUCGUCCACUGACGGUCCGAAUAGAGCACGUCGAUCUGUCGUCCUUUAUGAACAAAACCAUUGCUCACGAUAAGGCGAACCGACAGAUACGAAAGCCCAAAAAAGAGGAAUUUAUCGGGCUGGACGAAGAGGAUGUAGUAGAGCUACAAAACACCAGUAUGAACAGUUCCAUUAGUAAACGGAAAAGUAUUCUGAUUACCGAUCGAACCGAAAGUCCAAACUCGACGAAGAAGAAGGUGCAGUUUUCUGAUUCGCCCAGUAUCAAAUACGUGGACAAGUUGGACUUUUCAGAUGACGACAACAGUGCGAAAGAUAAGUCUGAUGAAGAUGAGGAUUAUGAGGUGAAAACGGCCAAGAAACGAGGUCCUAAGCCACAGAACGGUACUUCGCCCAGUACGCCAGAAAAUGGAAAACCACGUCCGAGGGGAAGGCCGAAAAAGAUACCGAACGAGAAUGGCGAGGACGGCCAGAAGGCAGAAUCGGAUACGGCGAACGAAAGCGAAGCAAAGGAAGUUAAUGAGGAUGUCACGAAAGAAAGCGAACCGGAAGUAGCGAAGGAUGAAGCGGAACAAGAAGAGGUAUCGCCGAAGCAGCAGCAAGAAGAACAGCAACCGGCAGUCGAAGAAGGGAAAGCAGUCACUGAGGGAAAUGCUGAAGGAGAAACUAAGAGUGACAAGCAUGAAGACGACACCGGUAGUAGUGAACCUAAAAAUGACACCUCUGUAGAACAACCAGAACCACCAGUCGCCGCUGAGGAAGAUAAACCGUUACCCGACGCUUCUGCGGUAGCUGAAAUGGAAACCGAGGAUGCAGACUCUUCAGAAUCUAUGAAAAUUGACCAGAUUGAUCAGCCACCUGCAGACGCGGAAAUGAAAGCUGUGGAUUCCCCGGAAGACGUAGAGAUGGCCGAAUCCAAAUCUCCUCCAACCGAAGACGUUGAAAUGAAGGAAGUUGCCAGUACGAGUCCUGAAGCGACAGAAACCGAGAAGGAAACAGCUCUAAGCAACGAUACUGCUUCUACUAUUCCAGAAACGACGGAGAAGGUAGAUUCCGCAACGGAAUCUAAAGAAACUGUUAGCACAAAAGAAGACGAGCCCACGCCAGAGUUUGAAACAUCCGAUAAAGAGGAAGAAGAAAUGGACAAAUUCAAGCAAACUCUCAGCAACAUUUUAGGCCAGGAAGUUUCGGAUUCCGAUCAAGGUUUAAGUCAAGACAGCCAAGAUAAUGCACCUUCGAAGCCAGUAGCCGACGAAAAGCAUGAGGAAUCAGAAGCAGCGCCACCAAGCGAACCAUCUGAGAAAGACGAACCCAAAUCUGAAACACCCAACAAUACAGAUCUAGAAACGCCACCAGUAAACGAUUCGGAUGAAAACCCAGCUGGAAACGAAUCUCCCGAGAAGAAGAAUCAAUCGUUCGCUUCACUGGAAGACGUAGAUGAUAUUUCAGACGAUGAUGACAUCCUCGAUCGGCUAGAUGAUGCCGACGAAUUAACCGGACGGAAACGAUCGCCCGAUUUGCCUCCCCUGGGUGAGGACAGUCUUUAGGAUCAUUAGGCCAUAAGGAUACCGAGAUUUAUGUUUAUUAUUCCUUGAGUUUAAUGUUUUACUGUAUGACCGCUGGCAAACAAAAAAAAAACCGACGGCGAUAUUAUACGCUUUUGGCGACACAGAACAUUUGUACACAUUUAUGGAAAGUGUUUGAAUUCAGGAUUGAGGAAAACGGCGACUGCGAGUUAGUCCACAGAAAUUUUACAUUUUAAAUAAAUUAAACGGCAGAGCAUAGUGCGGACACAAACUUUAGAUGUAAAAUGUAAAUGUUCUAGAUACAUCAGAUGAUUUGUAGAGGAACAAAAGGCAUUAAAAUACAAAAAUACUGAAUUAAGUUUGCACAA